UUCAUCUCCGUCGCCGAGCUGAUGUAACCCGACUGCCGCUCGAGAAGAGUCAGUAAUACAUGGAUACUCCGUAACAGGGUGUUAAAAUUGCCCGUUCACCUCUCCUCUAGACUAGCCAAACUUUCCGCAGUAACAUGGGUAGCAACUCCAAGAAUUUCACCGUCACCAUCGUCGGUGGUGGAAUCGGCGGUCUGACUCUGGCCGCCGGCCUGCUACGACGGAAUGUCCCCAUCCACAUCUAUGAAGCGGCCGCUGCCUUCACGGAGAUCGGGCUGGGCCUGUCAAUCGGACCGGCUGCGCACCGUGCGAUGCCGCUUGUUGAUCCCCAGAUUCGCGAGAUCUACGAUUCCCUGGUCACCACGCAUGCAGACAGUCCUGGAUACGAGGAAUUCCGACAGACAUGGUUCGAGAUCAUCUGGGCCAGCGGCGCUAAGGAGGGUGAUUUACUCCUCGAUCUGAAAGCCCUUCCUUCCGGCCAGACUACGCUGCGGCGAUCGGAUUUCUUAGAUGCCCUGGUCAGCUUGAUCCCGCCGGAUGUCGUGCAUUUUGGAAAGCGGCUGGAGAGUCUUGUCGAAACGGACGAAGGGGUGAAGCUGCAUUUCAGCGAUGGGACGACCGUCCUGGCUGAUAUGGUUAUUGGCUGCGAUGGGAUCCGGUCCAAAGUCAAGGAGUCCAUGUUACCGGAGGAGUCUCUGAUCAAACAGCCACGGUACAGCGGCAUGUACGCGUAUCGUGCGGUGCUGGACAUGGACGACAUGGUGAAGGCCGUUGGUGACCAGCGCGCCCGGGUGUCCACCAUGUACGUCGGGAAGGGAAAGUAUGGUAUUUCCUAUCCCAUCAUGCGAGCCAGGAAGGUAAACGUUGGGUUGUAUAUUCUGAGCGACGCCUGGAGCCAUGAUACGUGGGUUCGACCGGCAAAGAAGGAAGACAUGCUGAAGGAUGCCGCCGACAUGGGCAGAUAUGUCCGGUCUCUGGUUGAGUACAUGCCUGAUCCAUCUCAAUGGGCUAUUUUCGAACACCCUGCUAUCUCCACUUUCUGCAAGUCCCGGGUUGCUAUCCUCGGGGACGCCGCGCAUGCCUCGACACCGCAUCAGGGUGCCGGCGCGGGUCAAGCAAUCGAAGACGCGCAUGUUCUCGUCGAGCUGCUCAGUGAUUCCCGAGUAAAGAGCCCAGCGGAUGCCGUGGCGGCGUUCAAAGCCUACGAUGAUAUCCGACGCCCCCGAAGCCAGCGGGUCGUCACCAGCAGCAAGGAGAACGCAUACCUCCUCUGCCUGUGCUUGGAGGGCGUUGGAGACGACGAGGACAAGCUGAAAGAAACUUUCCAGAAGCGGCUUCGGUGGCUGUGGGAUCUAAACGUGACUGAGCAGGUGGAGCAGGCGAGACGGAAGAUGGUUAAGUAUCUUGCUUGAACUUUUUUACGAGACCAUUGAGGCCAUUGAGACCAUCCAGAUACGAGGUAUAUAGUCAACGGUAGCAUAAUCGAGCAGCGCGUGGAUAAUUAUGUUCUGCGGCUGCUUUAGAGAAGACAGACCAGAUCAUGUUUCCUAUGUGAAACGUCAGCGUUCAGGGAUCCCUGGAAUAGAACCAUGCAGGACCAUGCUGCUAGUUCAUGCAUCCGGUAUCCCCGGGCUCGGGUCAGGGACUUUUCUCUAGUUUAGGCACUGUACAACAAUCCCUGUUGGUUACAGAUAGUCUCUUCUCUCUGCUACUUGUGUAACUCAAUUCUCUGAGGAUGCUCGGCGCUGGCCACCUCGCAUCCAGCGUCCAAACGAGCCAGGAUUUGAGAUAUUGCUAACGGCCGCGCUAGCCGCGAGAAGGACCUUGCGGCUUGGGAAGACACUAUCGGUCUCUCCCUGUACGAAUGGUUGAGCAGUUAUUCG